AUGGUUGCAGACGCGCUUGUCUAUCACCCUGCGGUGACCCAUUACCUGCGAUAUGUUGCGACAACUGUCGGUCGCGACAAAGUCCUCCGAACGAUCCAAUACUUCAGCAGAUUCUACGCUUGGUACUUGUAUCGCACCAACAACCCAACAAGUGCCAUUCAGCCCUGGGCCACGAUCAAGACUCAAUUUGGAUUGACGAGGAAGAUCCUGCGCGUUGGGAAAUUCGUCGAGCACAUUCGGGCCGGGUCCGAACUCUACGAUGCGGCCGUCAAGUCAGGCAAUGGCGAUAAGAUUGUACAAUACCUGCAGGUCCUGAGACAGGUUGGCUACGCCGGCUAUAUGUUCUUUGACAUGAUGACGCUGUUGGACGCAAUGGGAGUCAAGAAAGAUGCCCGAGCCAAGAGCAUUCAGGCCACGGCAUACCGAUUCUGGUUCACCGGCCUGGUCGCCAGUGCCCUUGCCGGCGUCUACAAUACUUAUAAGUUGAGGGAGCGUGCCAGGACUGUGGAUGAGAAGGACGCCGAAGCCAAGGUGGAGAAGGUCAAGAUUGCCAGACAACAACAUGCCGUCAAUAUCCAACUGAUCUCAGACCUCUGCGACCUUACGGUGCCGAGCACAAUGCUCGGAUACACCAACCUUGACGAUGGUAUCAUUGGUCUGGCAGGGGUGACCAGCAGCUUGCUCGGGGCUUAUGGGGCAUGGCAGAAGACCGCCUGA